GACAUUAUUUGUGCGGAAAGAAGUGAGUCGCCCGCGAGCUUUAGUCGACUUUGCGCGUCUAAAGAGUGCGGUUCGAAGGUACAAAACUCGAACGAGUUUCAAGUGUUAUGUUUGCCCCCCUGCCAGCAUGUCCCAAUCCCUUGCCAUAUUUCACACAGUUGGCGCUGUUGGCCGUGAUAAGCCAGCGGGUGAAGCUGCUCCAGGCCGCUCCAGCACCAUUUCCAGCAAUUGAGAAUGCUGCCUUCACCAGUCAAGAUUUAUUGGCCGAGGAAUCAGCGGUUGUGGCCUGGCCACAAGAGGCGGCACCGCCUGCACCGCCUGCACUGAGCCAUGUCCAGCACAAGCGUCACCGGCGACACCAUCAUCACAAGCGGCAUUGGGAUCAUCAUUUCCCUGGGGGCUCGAGCUGCCACCAUGGCAGCCAUGAGGGCUACGGUCCGGAUUUUGGUCACCAUCACGGACACGACUUCGAUCCGUAUCCGAAUGGCUUUGGACCGUUUCCGGGCUUUGGUCCGCCGGGAUAUGAUAUACAGCAGCGUCCCUUUAGGGCAGAGCUGGAGCCGUUUAAGGACAACAAAGGUGGAUCGCGACCACGCACCAGCAGUGUAGCUCCCCCUACAGCAGCUUCCACAACCACUUUGGCACCUCCUCCCGUCAGCAGCAGCACCACAGAAGACAGCACCUUGGCCAUUGACAUACGAAUUGGAUAGCUUUACACCUUAGACCUCAUUCUGUUUUAUUCAUUCAUUUUGCCUGGCAUUAAAGCUGCUACUUUAACCACAA